UCACGUGACUUGUGUGUAUAAACUUUUGCAUUUUUUUGAAAAUAUUUUAUAAAACAUAGUUGUGCUUCUACAGUGUUAGAACCAGCGCGGUGUUAUAAAACUUUACAUCUUAAACUUUAAUACAUUAUCCAAACAUAAAAACCAUGGUUUCUCAAUGCAGACAGAACUUCGACCGAGAAAGCGAAAAUGCUAUUAACAACCAAAUAAACAUGGAGCUGUAUGCAAGUUACCAGUAUCUUUCUAUGGCUUAUUAUUUUGAUCAAGAUGAUCUUGCGUUAGCUGGAUACUUCAAGUUUUUCAAGCAUCAAUCAGAUGAAGAACGUGAACAUGCUCAGAAACUAAUAAAAUACCAAAAUAAACGUGGUGGUCGUGUAGUUUACAAAGAUAUUCAAGCUCCCCAAUUUCAACUAGAUACGCCAGUUUCAGCUUUAGAAGCAGCGCUUGAUUUGGAGAAGAAAGUUAACGAGUCGUUGUUAAAUGUUCAUGCCAUCGCUAGAAAUCUCAGUGAUCCACAGGCCUAUUAUUUUGAUCAAGAUGAUGUUGCAUUAGACGGAUACUUCAAGUUUUUCAAGCAUCAAUCAGAUGAAGAACGUGAACAUGCUCAGGAACUAAUGGACUACCAAAAUAAACGUGGUGGGCGUGUAGUUUACAAGGAUAUUCAAGCUCCCAAAUUUCAACUGGAUACGCCAGUUUCAGCUUUAGAAGCAGCGCUUAAUUUGGAGAAGAAAGUUAACGAGUCGUUGUUAAAUGUUCAUGCCAUCGCUGAAAAAAACAGUGAUCCUCAUUUGUGCGACUUCUUAGAAUCAGAGUUCUUGAACGAACAAGUUGAGUCAAUCAAUGAGAUUGCCAAGUUGAUUACUAACGCUAAGAGAUGCGGCGAUGGUUUGGGUGUCUAUCAAUUUGAUAAGUUGAGCAUGUCAAGUUAAAUG